AUGGCUGUUGCUCCAAGAAGUUCACGUUCAGUUUAUAUUUCAAUGCUUACAAAUGGAUGUUGUCAUACAGGUUUUGAUUCAACUUAUCCUAAUAAAUUACACGGAAUAAUUAAUGAUGAAGAAUUUCAACAAUCACUUGAUAAUGUUAAUAAAUCAAUUCAUUCAAUAAUAUUAAUAAUCAUGUGUAUUAUUUUACCAUUUCUAUGUAUAUUCGGUGGUGGAGGAGUGUUGAUUACUGGUGCAGUAAUGUCUAAAGAUUCUAAUACAAAUACAUCUGUUUUAUUACUUGCCAUUGGAGGAGGAAUUCUUGGUUUUGGAUUGAUUUCAUUAAUUAUUGGACAUUUUAUUACGCAGGCAAUACGGACACGUCAAAUGCGACAAAAAGUAGCAGCAGAAUCAGCAAAAUAUUCCAAUAGAUUACCAAUACCAUGUACAUGGCGAUUAGAUGUUAGUACAAUGAUAUUUAGAGGAGCUAAAGGUAAUACAUCAAGUAGACGAAUUUAUACGUUAGUUAUUACUAUUGGAGAUUGUGGUGCAGAUUUUGGAAAUGGAAAUUUUUCAAAAGGAUCUAAUCAAAUUUCACUUCAACCAUCGUCGUCACAGUUUACACAACAGGAUCCUUCACCAGUAUAUUAUGAUCAUAAACUCACAUCAAAAUUCUGUUCUCAAUGUGGAAUGCCAAGACAAACUCAAAUGGCAAAAUUUUGUGUCCAAUGUGGUCAAUCAUUUAACAGAUAA